UAAAUUAAUUGGUUUACGUGAAAGUUAUAGCGUUUACAAAUGGUGGUUUAUAUACUGGGAUUUUUUUUUUUUUUAGUAAUGGUGGUGAUCAGCGACUUAUAGCGGGACUGCAGCAGGCAUUCUGACACUGGGGGGGAACUGACUUGGUGUCACUGACAUCCCCAGUGACACCAAUACAGUGAUCAGUGCUAAUAAAAAGCACUGACACUGUACUAAUGGCACUGGGCAGGAAGGCGUUAACAUGUGGGGUGAUCAAAGGGUUAACUGUGCUCUUUUACUUGGGGCUGUGUUUGUGCUUCACUGUAAGCACACUGCUUUGCAUGGCUAUGUUUUGCACGGCCAUGCAAAGUAAUGUGUCGGAGCUGACA